UGAUUGUGAUUGGACCUGACCCAACAUUAUCCAUAUCCAUGAUUAAUUUGUACCAACUCGAUACGACUCAACCCGAUCCUUCCAAUAACCCAACCAUGCUUUGUUAUCCCAUACACAAACUACAACAUUGGAUGGCCCAAUUUUUGAGGGCAAAUCAAAGUAUUGAAAAGCAUUGUAGAGACUAGAGAGGAGAGAGCAAAACCAGCAAGAAGGCAAAGAAAAAUGGCAGCGCAACAACCAAAUUUAACAACAUUUCUCGAAUGGGCAGCGCAGCUUGGCGUCUCAGACGCGCCUCAUCAUCAUCCUCCUUCUACGGUCUCCUCUUCAUGUUUGGGUCAUUCACUCUCCAUCUCUGAUUUUCCUGAAGCUGGAGGGAGGGGUUUGGCGGCUGUACGUGAUCUUAAAAAAGGGGAAAUGAUCUUGAGAGUUCCAAAAUCUGUACUAAUGACAGUUGAGAGUGUUCUUGAAAAAGAUCAGAAACUUGCUCAUUGUGUUCAAUCUCAUGAUUAUCUAUCAUCUACACAGGUUCUCUCCGUGUGUCUAUUAGCCGAAAUGAACAAAGGAAAGAGGUCUGCUUGGUAUCCUUAUCUAGUGCAUAUUCCUAGAAGCUAUGACACUCUAUCAAGUUUUGGUCCGUUCGAGACAAAAGCAUUGCAAGUGGAUGAUGCUAUUUGGAUAACAGAGAAGGUCACAUCAAAGGCUGAGUCAGAUUGGAUGGAAGCAAUGUCAUUGCUAGAACAACUCCAAUUGAAGCCUCAACUUGUGAAUUUUAGGGCUUGGCUUUGGACGUCUGCAACGAUAUCAUCACGAACAUUCCAUAUACCAUGGAAUAGUGCUGGGGGCUUGUGUCCUGUGGGAGACCUUUUCAAUUAUGCUGCACCUGGAGAGGAGUUAGCUGAUGCAGAAGUUUGCGAGAGUUGGCUUGGUGACUCUUUGUUAUCUUUCCAGAAUGGAGGUGAGAAAGAGGAUCCACUUUUAGAUGCUGAACAAUAUGAUGCCUGGUCAGACAGGUUAACUGAUGGUGGCUAUGACGAAGAUGUAGCUGCAUAUUGCUUGUAUGCGAAGAAAAACUACAAGAAUGGGGAGCAGGUUCUGUUAAGAUAUGGGAUAUACACAAACUUGGAACUUCUUGAACAUUAUGGGUUUGUUCUGGAUGUGAAUCCAAAUGACAAGGUUUUUAUACCUUUACAACAUGACAUAUCUGCUUGCCAUUCAUGGCCUGCAGAUUCUCUGUACAUUCAACACAAUGGGAAACCUUCAUUUGCACUGCUAUCUGCAUUAAGAUUGUGGGUAACUCCUCCAAAGCAGCGAAAAUCUGUUGGUUACCUUGCACUUUCUGGGUCACAGAUCUCUCUAGAAAAUGAUAAAAAGGUGAUGAAAUGGUUGUUAUCAAAUUGUCGUGCACUUCUGAAUAGUCUUCCCUCAACUAUAGAAGAUGACCAAUCAUUACUUGGCGCAAUUGACAAGGCUCAACAACUUCAGUCCUUUGAGAAGCCAAUCAAUAUGACUCAUGCAGCUACCAUGGAAUAUUGCAAAUUCUUGGACCUCUGCUGCGGCGGAAGUGAUGUGUUAGCUCUGUCCUCAAAGGUGAAAAGGUCCAUGGAUAGGUGGAAAUUGGCAGUUCAGUGGAGGCUUAGGUACAAAAAAACGCUAGUUUAUUGCAUUUCGUUUUGCUCUCAAGCUAUUGAGACUCUCCACUGUAAAUGGCGUGAAAUGGAGAAUUUAUAGUCUUGGGAGAACUAUCCUAAUCUCGUUGUAUCUCUCCUGAAUAAAUAAAAUUAUGGGUCUAAUAUGUGCAAAAUUGAGGUCGACCCAAAUGUGUCAA